AACCCUCAAAGAUCAGGUGAAAAAUUUAAGUGAAAAGGAGCCGAAAGGAAAGCGAGGGAACUACCGAAUCCCUAGAGAGAAGAGAGUGAUUGAAUGAGAAUGAAGCGCAAGGAAGAUGAAAUUCCAGUUGAUCAAAUUCACGAGGACAUCUCAGAUUUUUCUUUGUCUUCUCCUCCUGCAAAAAUCAGGAUACUGGAUGGUCACUUCCCUCCAAUUACCCAAGGAGAGCGGGAAGCUGGAGAUCCUCUCGUAUAUCAGAAAGGACCGGUGUUGCCACGGGAAGAACUCCUUUCUAGUAGUGUGGUGCAACCAAAUGCAUCGGCGGCAGAUGCAUUGCCUUCAUGUUAUAAUACGGAGGAGACGGCUCUUGUUCUCUAUAAUCCUGCGAGCACUCCAUUAUUUAAAAAUCCAAGUUCGCCACCUUUUUCUGUUGUACUGAGGUCCGACUUGAUUCCAGGUUUAAAAGAUCAUAUCUUUGGGCUUGGCAGUCAGAAUUCCAUGAAUUUAAUGAAGGACAAAAAAACUGAAGAAAUGAACGACAGCAUGGCUAUCAUUCCAUGGGUUGCAUCCGAAGCUGCUGGAGUAGAGCAACUUACGACCAGUCCAUCAGAGAUGAAGGAAGCAGAAGCAACAGAAGUUGAAAUGAUGGAAAUUGAGGACAUGAGUAGGGAUGGUUGCAAUGAGCAGUCAGAGGAUUUUAAUGGAAUGGUGGGAGGUGGCGGCGGCGAAGGUUUACAAUACUGUCAGCAACAGCUGCAGCGUAGGACUCCACAGUUUUUCGGAAGUACAUUUAGUUCUGUCACAUGGUCUCGUAACAAUUCGGUACAGCUCACUUUCUUAAUGGUAAAAAAUGUCAUCUGUUAGCCCAAAUUUUAGGAGAAGUAUUAGCGGACUGACUUGUCGUCAUCCUGAUCCAAUUAGCAACUUAGCUGUGUGACGACAACUUGUGUGUUUUCUGUAGAUUUACCCGUAUCUUUUGUGACUCCUCUCAUUUAUUUUUUUAAAAAAUUUUUUGGGUAGACAUGGUUCUUCUGUUUUCAAAGUUGAUUUCUUGCAGCCCUCAUUCAGUUGGAAUCCUUUUUGUUUGUUUAGAAAUGGCUUGUAAUCUCAGCAUUAAAGCUGAGCACUUUUAGAUCCUGCAUUUGCUAUUUCAACAUCAAGCUCUGAUUUAUUC